AUGGAGCUUUUCAAGGUGUUCAUGUCCAUUGCUUUACUUUCUGCGGUGGCGGUGUUUGUGCGUCUGUACAAGGCUCUGGUGACUGAGCCGGCCAGGGUUCGAAGGAUACUGAAGAAACAGGGAAUAAACGGACCACCACCAAGUUUUCUACUUGGUAAUAUGAUGGAGGUCAAGAAGCCAAUCGAUGAGGCCGCCAAAGCUACUAAAUCCGCCGCCAAUAAUGGAACCCAACUCGACCACAACUGGGUUGCCACUCUCUUUCCAUUCUUCGAGAAGUGGAGACAAAUAUACGGUGAAUUGUUUGUGUUUUCUCUUGGUAAUUCACAAAUAAUGUAUGUGAAUCACCCUGAUUUGAUAAAAGAGAUAACCACACAUACAACCUAUGACUUGGGUAAACCUUCAUAUCACCGAAAAGAGUUUGGUCCUUUGCUUGGCGACGGCAUUCUUACCACAAAUGGACCUACCUGGGCAUAUCACAGAAAAGUCCUUGCUCCUGAAUUGUACAUGGAGAAAAUCAAGGGAAUGACAAACCAAAUAUCGGAGUCUGUAGUUAUCUUGGUUGACGCAUGGAACAAAAAAAUUGAUUCCGAGGGUGGACUUGCAGAUAUAAACAUUGACGAGUACAUGAGAACCUUUUCCGGAGACGUGAUUUCAAGAGCUUGUUUUGGUAGCAAUUAUGUCAAGGGAAAAGAGAUUUUUAACAGACUUAAAGUUCUCCAGGAGGCUACUUCUGAUAAAGUUUUAUCCAUUGGUAUCCCUGGAAUAACAUAUCUACCUACAAAGGCCAACAGAGAAGCAUGGGCAUUAGAGAAGGAGAUCCAUAAUUUGAUCCUAGAGGUAGUGAAGGAGAGGAAGGAAACAGGGGCUGAGAAGGACCUUUUGCAGAUGGUUAUGGAAGGCGCUGAAAAUGGAGAAAUGAGCCAGAAAGAAAUAGACCAAUUCAUUGUUGCUAAUUGCAAGAAUGUAUACUUGGCAGCACAUGAGGCCAGUGCAAUUGGGGCAUCAUGGUGCCUCAUGCUUUUGGCCUCAAAUCCAGAAUGGCAAGAUCGAGUUCGUGCUGAGGUCCUUGACAUUACUGGUGGCCGAACUCCAGAUGCUGAUAUGCUCCGAAAAAUGAAACAGCUAACAAUGGUGCUUCAAGAAACCCUGCGUCUUUAUCCAUCUGGCCCUGCAUUGGCAAGGGAGCUUCCACACGGCUUCUUGCCUUUCGGAUUUGGGCCACGAAUUUGUGUUGGGCAGCACUUGGCCAUGGUUGAACUGAAGAUGCUAAUUGCUUCCCUUGUGUCCAACUUCUCUUUCAUUCUCUCUCCCAAGUAUGUCCAUUCUCCGGCUCUGAAACUGGUGAUAAAGCCUGAAUUUGGAGUUGAUCUUCUGAUAAAGAAGCUCUAA